AUGAGAGUUCUAAACCCCGGAUACAGCGACACGCUUAGCGAUGAUGUGCAGACUGAGCUGAAUUACCUCACCAAGGAGGCGAAGCACAAAGAAGAGAAACCAUACGAGAUGAGAUACGACACUGGAGGAGUAAUUCCCCAUACAAACAUGUCGAGUGAUCUCAGAACCAUUACGAUUCGUAAUUUCCGGCCCCUGCAAGAUCCUCGAAGCUUCAUAGAAUAUGGUUUCCGGGUAGCGAACGUGGACUGCUCCAUGACCGAGGCGGCAUUCGAUGACGAUGAAAAGGUAGAGACGCAGUACUAUCCAGCAGUUGAGAAAUUACUACAGCAAAUGUUCCCCGACGCAGCUGAGAUUCGAGUACUGGAACAUGGAGUCAGCCAAAGAGAUGCGCAGUUCAAUGCGAACAGCGAAGAAUUGUUCGAGACCGUUCAGUCCGCUACUGCUGUCCAUAUUGACUAUUCCCCUUACUCGGCCGCUCGAACCGCUCGGGCAUUCACGACUAAGUUAGAUGAAUAUAAACGAUUGCUGACGGUGAACGUUUGGAAGUCCCUUCAAGGUCCCGGCAACGACUGGCCUCUGGCACUCUGCGAUUCGCGAAUUAUUGACCACAAGUCUGACAGCAUCGUGGCGGACGUGGUGUUCACCAACCGGUUUACAGAGAAUGAACGAUUGUACUACAAUCCGAAACAUGAAUGGUACUACUUCAAGGACUUGGAAGAUGACGAAGUCAUCUUACUUCGACAGACUGAUUCUGCCCUUGAAGGUGCCGGGGGUGUUGCGCGUGUGAGCAUCUACAAUCCCAAGGCGGAUCCAAAUGCAGCAGCAAGAGCGAGUGUUGAGGUCAGAGCGUAUGUGCUUUUUGAAUGA